GCUCUGAAGGAUCAGUAGCUUAUAAACUGGCUGCACUCAGCAGUCACUCUAUGUAGGAAGAGGAAGAAAGGAUAAAUUGCUGUGACUGGAUGGAACAGAAUUCCUUUCUGGAUUGAGUCAUACUGGGCUGGGCUUUUUAGUGAAGUGAGCCACCACAGGUUCACCGUUGGCUUUAGCCAGACAGAACCGGGCUGUUCUGUGCUCAAACCGACUGAAUUAUUUCAGAAUUAUUUCAACUCUGGCUGGCUUGGUUUCACUGGACUGUGUUGAGUUUGCCUGCAGGUCUGGGGGAUAAAGGACUGGAAUGGAAUUCCCCCUUUUUUUUUUUACCUCCAAGAUUUUGCAUCACGCCCUCCCUCUCUCCUGCUUUCGUGCUGCGCUCAUCUUCUCCUUUGCACUUUCACAGCAGAUAUUCAGUGUUGCAGAGCAGACAAAGGCAGCAGCUCUCAGUCCUGUUCUUGUGCUUGCUCCUUUAAAGACAAAAAAGGAGUGGGGGAUUUUUCUUCUAUUUCCCCUCGCUUUUGCACAGAGGGAGCUGCUAUCGUGACAAAUUACCUGCAGAGCUUUUUGUAGUUUGUUAUCCACAGGAUUUUUGGAUGUCAUUUCUUUUUUUCCGCCUGCUUUUUUUUCUUUUCUUUUUUUUCUCUGCACAUUACUAAACUCUGACUGUGACAAAGGAGCGGCACAUAUUUUACCUGUGUUUAUUGCAUUACCUCAGAUUUAUCUUGGCUGCCUUUACUAUUCAUUCAUUUGGCUGGUAGUGGUGCUUUUUGUGGUGAAGCCGGGGUAGGCAUGGCCCAGCAGGCAGGCAUGGGGGUGACCCACCAGGACACCCUGGCAGUGCCCCCCAUGCCGAAACACUCCGGCCUGAACGAAGACCUGGUGAAGAUCCUGCGGGAGAACCUGCUGCAGCCGGAGAGGCCGCGAGGACACCGGCGAUCGCCCUCCUCCAUCUCCCCCCGCCUUUCUCCACGCAACUCGCCGCGACUGCUUCGCCGCAUGUUGCUCAACAACAACAUCCACAAACAGAGGCGCUUCACUGUUGCACAUACAUGUUUCGAUGUGGACAAUGGCACAUCAUCAGGUCGAAGCCCCCUGGACCCAAUGGCCAGCCCGGGCUCAGGCCUCAUCCUGCAGGCCAAUUUUGUCCACAGUCAACGGAGAGAGUCAUUCCUCUACCGCUCUGACAGCGACUAUGACCUCUCACCCAAGUCCAUGUCGCGAAACUCCUCCAUUGCCAGUGACAUUCAUGGUGACGACAUGAUUGUAACACCCUUUGCACAGGUUCUUGCAAGCUUGAGAACUGUACGAAACAACUUUGGUGCAUUAACUAACCUGCAACAAGACAGAACAUCCAAUAAAAGAUCACCCAUGUGUAACCCACCACCUAUCACCAAGACCACCUUCACAGAGGAGGCCUACCAGAAACUGGCCACUGAGACCCUGGAGGAGCUGGACUGGUGCCUGGACCAGCUGGAGACGCUGCAGACGAGACACUCAGUCAGUGAGAUGGCUUCAAACAAGUUCAAGAGGAUGUUGAAUAGAGAGCUCACGCACCUCUCGGAGAUGAGCCGCUCUGGGAACCAAGUCUCUGAGUUCAUCUCCAACACCUUCCUGGACAAGCAGCAUGAAGUCGAGAUGCCAUCCCCUCAAACGCAAAAGGAGAAGGAGAAGAAGAACAAGCCCAUGUCUCAGAUCAGUGGGGUGAAAAAGCUGCAGCACUCAUCCAGCCUCACAAACUCUAACAUCCCUCGAUUUGGGGUCAAGACCGAGACCGAAGAUGAACUUGCUAAGGAGUUGGAGCAUGUGAAUAAAUGGGGCCUUAAUGUUUUUAAAAUCUCCGAAUUUUCUGGGAAUCGACCACUGACAGUCAUGAUGUACACAAUAUUCCAGGAGAGAGACUUGUUAAAAACUUUUAAAAUUCCACUUGACACCUUUAUAACCUACCUGAUGACCUUAGAAGACCAUUACCAUGCCGAUGUGGCCUAUCAUAACAACAUCCAUGCUGCUGACGUCACCCAGUCAACUCACGUGCUGCUAUCCACCCCCGCCCUUGAGGCUGUGUUCACAGACCUUGAGAUCCUCGCUGCCAUCUUUGCCAGUGCAAUUCAUGACGUGGACCAUCCCGGAGUCUCGAACCAGUUCCUCAUUAACACCAAUUCAGAGUUGGCACUGAUGUACAAUGACUCGUCCGUCUUAGAGAACCAUCAUCUAGCAGUCGGUUUCAAGCUCCUGCAAGAGGAGAACUGUGACAUCUUCCAAAACUUGACCAAAAAACAAAGACAAUCACUGCGAAAGAUGGUCAUUGACAUCGUGCUAGCUACAGACAUGUCCAAGCACAUGAAUCUGCUGGCUGAUCUGAAAACAAUGGUGGAAACUAAGAAAGUGACCAGCUCUGGUGUCUUAUUGCUGGAUAACUAUUCUGACAGGAUACAGGUUCUCCAGAACAUGGUGCACUGUGCAGAUUUGAGCAACCCCACCAAGCCUCUGCAGCUGUACCGGCAGUGGACGGAUCGCAUCAUGGAAGAGUUUUUCAGCCAAGGUGACCGAGAACGGGAGAGGGGCAUGGAGAUCAGCCCCAUGUGUGACAAACACAAUGCCUCAGUGGAAAAGAGCCAGGUUGGAUUCAUAGACUAUAUCGUCCACCCUUUGUGGGAGACGUGGGCUGACCUGGUCCAUCCGGAUGCCCAGGACAUCCUGGACACGUUGGAAGACAACAGAGAGUGGUACCAAAGCACCAUCCCCCAAAGUCCCUCCCCUGCGUUGGACGAGCCUGAGGACAGCACUCGACCUCCGGGAGGGGACAAGUUCCAAUUCGAGCUCACCCUGGAGGAGGACGGAGAGUCGGACACUGAGAAAGACAGCGGCAGCCAGCCAGAGGAGGAGGAGGAAGAGGAGGAGGAGGAAAACAGCUGUACUGAUUCUAAAACACUCUGUACGCAGGACUCUGAAUCAACAGAGAUACCUUUGGACGAACAGGUGGGGGAGGACGAUGACGAUGAUGAUGAGGUAGUAGAAGAGGGAGAAACACCCUGCUCACAAUCAUUUGUUGUUGAGGAAGAGGUAGCAGAAGAGGAGGAGGAAGAGGAGGAAGAGGAGAAAGCGAAAUCCCCUGACACAUAGCAGUUUAUGGACAGCAUCUGAUUAACUCUUCUUCUUAGUAAUGACAGAUGAUUAUUUAUAGAAUAUUUUUUGGGUUUUGUUGAAUCUGUGUGUGUUUUUUAUACAUCCAUGUUUCUGGUUCCAAAGCGUGCGCUGCUCCCCACCUUGGCCACUCCUCCCUGCCCGCUUUGUUCAGACACGCCCACCGGUACUACUUCAAGUUUUUUUGCACUCAGGAAAACUCCUUUCCAUUCCCAUUUGUACUGAAGUGGUGUGUCUUUAUUUCACCUUUACAGCCCCCUCCCUUUUACAGGCUUAAGUUUAGGAUGUGGACCAGCAGUUCAUAGUCUCCUCCGUGCUGUUCUUACUGUACGUAACAUCACGUUUUCCUCCUUUUCUGCUUCGUCUCAGCCUCGCCCGAAGGUUUGCCAGUGUUUCCGUGUUUUAUUAAGUGCCCAUACUCUACAGAGACCGUUGUUGGCGUGUUCAAGGAGAACCUCCCUCUUGGUUAGGUCAUAUGCCCCCCUCCCACUACAAAUUAGGAGGCACGUUAUGCUGUCAUCCGGUCGAGAAAACCUGACGGGGCGCCGCAGAGAUGAAAGCUGCAGCACACCAGGAAACUUUUUGAGACACAUUUCUGCUGUGGAAGUCUUCCUUGAAAACCUGACUGACACCAAGCUCAAAUCGAAACGGCUGUGUCGCUGUCCUAGACCUCUUUAAUUUUUUUGUAUCGUACUGUAUGUAAGAUUCAGAUAUUUUCUAGAAUUUACUUUUGCAAUCUUAGGCUCUGUUUUGUUAGAAAUAAAGAAAACGAGGGAACUUUUGGAAACUAAUGGGGGAGAAACGUGUCGUAGAUAUUCAGUGUUUUUUUGUUUUGUUUUGUUUUUUUUCUUGAAGGGGAUAUCUUUACAGCUGGGUUACAUUGAGUGUUCUGAGCUGUUUGCACUUGCUCCAAUAGCAUUUAUACUACUAUUUCCAUGCCACUGUACUCAUAUUUGGUUUGUCCUGUCAGUUUGAAUUUUGGAAUUCAUUCAUAAUAACUAUUGUUUUUGGUGAGCGUCUUCACCGAGAAGGAAGCGUGAAAGCCGAGGUUUUCACACUUCAGUUACAUUGUUACAAGCCUUUAAAUUUAAUUGUCGUUGCCUGCAGUUCUUUUGAACACAUCCUAAGACAAUGCAAUGCUUUGUAGUUGAUACAAAAAGCACCUUUUUUAGAAGCUUGUUUAGUGCUCCAAGUAUACAGAAAUAGAAAUGGUAUUAUAGGGUGAUUUUAUACAAAUGCUACGAAAGCUUUUUAUCGUCCUUCUUUUCAUUUUCUUGCCCUUAUUUGACACGCACAUCAAGAACUGCUGCUUUUUUUCCAGUCACUGUGUUUUCUUUUACCUGUUGUAAAUGUGCUUUUCAUCACGAACACGUUUUUGUUUUUAUAGGGUUUUUUUUGCCUACACGACGUUAACUCCAGUUACUGUCUUUGUUUUCGACAAGACAAUCAGCUCCAUUGUGCAGUCAUCAGAUAUCCGGAUACUCUUGCACAGAUACAUAUAUUCAUUUAUGAUUGCAUUUAUUGUUUUUAUUUAAACUCGCCAAAAUACGUGCGCACAUAGGCUUGAACGUUGUCGCCCUACAUCACAGCCAAAACUCUUCACUUUUUUCUAUCAUAUUUUACGCCUCAAUUUAUUAUUUAUUGCUUGAUUCUUUUUUCCCUCUUUGUGUGUGUGUGUGUGUGUGUUUUUUGGGGUUUUUUUGCAUUAUGAAGAUGGUACAGUAAAUAUUUCACUGUAGCAUAGACCACAUUGCAGGCUUGCAGGUUACAAUAUCCAAAUAUACUUUUUAACCCCAGUGUACAUACAAUAUUUAAAAGAAAAUCCACCUCUUUAAAGAAAAAAAAAAAAACCACACUUGAAGUACUGCACACCGCUUUUUUAAAGAGUGCUCGUUUUGAUUAUGUGUCAUUUUAAAACUUUUUAUUUAAUCUUUCAUUUUGUGCCAAUACUUUUCUUUCUUUCUUCCCCCCCCCCCUCCUCACCCAGAGCCCUUACCUGUAAUAAAAAGUUUUCUGGUUUUA